AUGAUUGAGUCUCUGGGAAAACUGGCUUUUGAUCAGCUGCAGAAAGGCAACCUGAUCUUCUAUGAAUCAGACCUGACAGAGUGUGGCAUCGAUAUCAGAGCAGCCUCAGUGUACUCAGGAGUGUUCACACAGAUCUUUAAAGAGGAGAGAGGACUGUACCAGGACAAGGUGUUCUGCUUCGUCCAUCUGAGUGUUCAGGAGUUUCUGGCUGCUCUUCAUGUCCAUCUGACCUUCAUCAACUCUGGAGUCAAUCUGAUGGAAAAACAACAAACCUCCUGGUGGUCUGAAAUGUUCAGUGGAAGAUCAACACGUUUCUACCAGAGUGCAGUGGACAAGGCCUUACAGAGUCCUAACGGCCACCUGGACUUGUUCCUCUGCUUCCUCCUGGGUCUGUCUCUGGAGACCAAUCACAAACACCUACGAGGCCUGCUGACACAGCCAGGAAGUGGCUCACAGACCAGUCAGACUCUCCUACAAGGCCUGCUGACAUGGACAGGAAGUAGCUCAUGGAUCAAUCUUAAAACGGUCCAGUACAUCAAGAAGAAGAUCAGUGAGAAUCUGUCUGCUGAGAGAACCAUCAACCUGUUCCACUGUCUGAAUGAACUGAAUGAUCGCUCUCUGGUGGAGGAGAUCCAACAGUACCUGAGUUCAGGACGUCUCUCUACAGAUAAUCUGUCUCCUUCUCAGUGGUCAGCUCUGUUCUUCAUCUUACUGUCAUCAGAAUAUGAUCUGGACGUGUUUGACCUGAAGAAAUACUCUGCUUCAGAGGAGGCUCUUCUGAGGCUGCUGCCAGUGCUCAAAGCCUCCAACACAGCUCUGUACAUGCAUAUGCUGAGUGGCUGUAACCUGUCGGAGACCAGCUGUGAAGCUCUGUCCUCAGUUCUCAGCUCCCAGUCCUCCAGUCUGAGACACCUGGACCUGAGUAACAAUGACCUGAAGGAUUCAGGAGUGAAGCUGCUGUCUGUUGGACUCAAGAGUCCGAACUGUCAACUAGAAACUCUCAGACUGUCAGGCUGUCUGAUCUCAGAGGACGGCUGUAUGUCUCUGGCCUUGGCUCUGAAGUUGAACCCCUCCCAUCUGAGAGAAUUGGACCUGAGCUUCAACCAUCCAGGAGACGCUGGAGUGAAGCUGCUGACUGCUGGACUGGAGGAUCCUCACUGGAGACUGGACACUCUCAGGGUGGAUCAUGGUGGACAGCAGAGACUGAGACCUGGUGUGAGGAAGUACAUCUGUGAACUGGAAGUGGACACAAACACAGUACACAGUAGACUCCAACUGUCUGAAGAUGAGAGGACGGUGACCCACGUCAGACAGGACCAGUCGUACCUGGAUCAUCCAGGCAGGUUUGACCUGGUUCCUCAGCUGUUGUGCCGGACUGGUCUGACUGGUCGCUGUUACUGGGAGGUGGAGUGGACGGGAGACAUUUAUGUCUCAGUGAGUUACCGAGGAGUCAGCAGGAAAGGAAACAGGAAAGGUUCCAUGUUUGGAUGAAACGAUCAGUCCUGGUGUCUCUUCUGCUCUUACAGUGAUGGUUUCUCCGCCUAUCACAACAACAGAGAAACAUCCAUCUCCUCCUCCUCCAACUACUCCUCUGCCUUCGUCUUCUCCACCCCCUCCUUUGCCUCCUCCUUCGCCUCCUCUGGCUCUAACAGAGUGGCAGUGUAUGUGGACUGUCCCGGUGGCACUCUGUCCUUCUACAGCGUCUCCUCAGACUCUCUGAUCCACCUCCACACCUUCAACACCACGUUCACCGAGCCUCUGUACCUGGGAUCAGGUUUGGGUUCUGGUCUGGUUCCUCAGUGUCUCUGUAGGUCUGAGAGUCUCUGCUGUGGACAGAUACCCUGUCCUCUGAAGGUCACCUCUAUCGACCUGAGGCUACUGUUUGCUCUGAGACUCCAGGGAACCUGGUGA